AUGGAAGAAGAGGGAAAAGGGAAGGUGGGAAAGGGGAAGGGAAUCCGUCGUCGCUGCUCCUCGAUGUCGACGCUAGCAGAUCCGGGAGGGUGGACGUCGUGUGCUACUCGCUACUCGCUGUUUCUACUUCUCCUUCUCGCUUGGUCGCCGGUCAUUGCUGCUCCUCGCCGGUCGCCGCUGUUUUCAAUCAGAUUUGCUAUCUUCUUGGUCUACUUGACAACCAUUCCUAUCACUGGAACUAGGAUUAACCCAGCUAGGAGUCUUGGUGUUGCCAUAAUCUUCAACAGAGACCAUGCAUGGAAUGAUCAAUGGAUUUUAUGGGUUGGACAUUUCAUUAGAGCUGCUCUUGCUACCGUGUAUCACCAAAUAAUUUUGGGGAAGGAGGGAAAGGGGAAGGAAAUUCGGGUUGAUUUUGAAGAAGAAGGGAAAGGGGAAUGGUAUUUUAAUCCGAAGGACGAUUUAAAACUAAGUUAA